AUGGCCGACGCCAAGGCAGCGCGCCGGGCCAAGAUCCGCGCUGCUUUACAGCAGUUCGGCUUCUCGACUCUUCGAGGGCUUCAAGGGUCUGCUCUGCGUCGCGUAUUGUCUAGAAAGGACACGUUGGUUCUGAUGCCCACUGGAGGCGGCAAGUCACUCUGCUUCCAACUGCCGGCGCUAUUACUACCCGGCCUCGUAGUGGUAAUCAGUCCGCUGUUGGCUCUAAUGCAAGACCAAGUAGCUGCUCUGCGCAGAAGAAAUAUCGGAGUGGAGAUGCUGUCCUCCUUGGUGACUCAGCCUCAUCGAGAACAGAUUGUAACUCGACUGCUGAAGCAGUUCGAGACCAAGACGCAAGACGCCGAUCUUAAACGCAUCGAGUUGCUAUACACGACACCUGAAACGCUACAGGGCGACCAGAUGAAGCUGCUACUGCAGCAACUGCAGAAACAAGGAGGCCUCGCUUUGUUUGCAAUCGACGAAGCUCACUGCAUCAGCUCCUGGGGCCGCGAUUUCCGUCCAGCAUAUCGGAACUUGGGAAGGCUAAGAAGAUCGUUUCCUAACGUGCCAAUUAUUGCUCUCACUGCUACUGCUACCGAACGUGUGCGUGACGAUAUCACGAAGCAAUUGCAUUUUGCAGCCGAUGGGUCCGAUGUCCUGUUAGCAGAUUUCAACCGUGCAAACAUCUCGUAUACCGUGUACGACAAGGAGAUGUUAGCGGAUCCGGUGGGAGCAUUGUGUCGCUAUAUCAAGAAAGAUCAUGCCAGUUCAUGUGGCGUUGUGUAUGUCCAUAAGCGGAGCGACACGGAUGAUCUGGUGCUCUCGAUACGACAGCGAGACCCGAAUGCAAAGGUUGCCGCUUUCCACGCUAAAAUCCCGCAGCAAGAACGGGAAGAAACUCUGCAAAAGUGGCUGAGUGGGGAGAUUCAAAUUGUGUGUGCAACAAUUGCUUUCGGCAUGGGCAUCGAUCAUCCUCAUGUCCGCUUCGUCGUGCACUGGAAUAUCCCAAAAACACUCGAGAAUUUUUACCAAGAGUCAGGGAGAGCUGGGCGAGAUGGAGAGCCAAGUCAAAGUGUACUUUUCUACUCUGCCCGUGACUAUGAUCUGUUCCGAUUUUUACUUGAGAAAGAAGCCUCGAAGCAGCCCGAUAGUGCUACGUCUACAGCUGGACAGAAGCGGUCAAGAUCAAAGAACGUGGACACGAUUGCGCACGCCUCGAAGCUAUUGGAGCAUGUGAAGGCAUUUGCAACAAAGAAAGAGUGUCGACGUCAAGCUUUAUUGCGGUAUUUCGGUCAAAAGAUGGCAGUGACGGAGUGCAAAGGGACGUGCGACGUCUGUAACCCACAGCUCAAUAUGUUUCGCUUCGAGGAGACACCUGUGAUCGACAAGCGUACGGAAGGAUUCUGUCGCCAGUCUAUCAAAACGAUCAAGACGCGCAAGGCGUUUACCGAGAAAAAGAUGCGGACAGGAGACAUGCGGCGUGACAAUUUGAUAAACGGACGAAGAGGUUCCUACGCGCCAGAAGAGACCGAAUCUUUCGUCCUCUGGUGA